AUGUUUCUUUUCACAAGCCUCGUGGGCACUCUUCUCUUGGCGGCCCGGCUUUUCUCGACUCCGGUGGCCGCCGCUCCUGCUGCUACAGCUUUUGCCGUUGCUGCUCGCAGCACCAGCACUUCCACUUCCAGUUACUGGGUUGCGAACAUUGCCAGGAACGGCGCCCCUGCCUUUGGAACCUCUGGCUACAAGGUGUACCGCAAUGUACGCGACUAUGGUGCUGUAGGUGAUGGCGUGACCGACGACACGGCUGCCAUCAAUCUCGCCAUUUCGGACGGCAAUCGAUGCGGUGAAGGCUGCUCCUCUUCGACAACGGCUCCCGCUCUCGUAUAUUUCCCUCCUGGUACAUACCUUGUGAGCACGCCUAUCAUCCAGUACUACUACACGCAGCUUGUCGGCGACGCCAUCAACCCGCCGACUCUGGUUGCAAGUGCCAGCUUCGUCGGUAUCGCGGUCAUUGACUCCGAUCCGUAUGACACCACCGGAACCAACUGGUGGGUGAACCAGAACAACUUCUUCCGCCAGGUUCGCAACUUCAAAAUCGACCUCACCAAGAUGCCCGUUACCAAGGGUGCCGGAAUCCACUGGCAGGUAGCCCAGGCCACCAGCUUGCAGAACAUCGUGUUCAACAUGGCCCAGGACAGCAGCCCAUCCAACAAACAGGUCGGGGUCUUCAUGGACAACGGCUCUGGUGGUUUCAUGGCCGAUCUGACCUUCAUUGGUGGCCAAUACGGCGCCUUCUUCGGUAACCAGCAGUUCACCACGCGAAACAUGACCUUCCGAAACUGUCAGACGGCCAUUUAUAUGAACUGGAAUUGGGCGUGGACGCUGCAGGACAUCUCCAUCUCCAACUGCAGUGUUGGCGUGGAUAUGAGCAGCGGCUCUACUUCCCAGACGGUUGGCUCCGUCUUGCUCGUCGACAGUGUUAUCUCCAACACGCCUAUUGGCGUUCGCACGGCGUACAGUCCGUCAACAUCCGCUACUAAUGGUACGCUGGUUCUGGACAACGUCGACAUGUCGAGUAACGUCCCGGUUGCCGUCGCCGCAUAUGGCAGCAAUACUACCGUCCUUGCUGGCAAUGUGAAGGUCACUUCGUGGGCACAGGGAAACAUCCCUGGCACGGGAAGCUCCGCUAAAACAUCCGAGGCAGUUCACGGCUCUCAGACCGCUGUGACCAAGUCCGCCAGCCUGUUGAACUCUGCCGGCAAUGUUUUUUCCCGCAAUCGCCCGCAGUACGAGACAGUUGAUGUUGGCAGCUUUGUGUCUGUCAAGGCAAAGGGUGCCAAGGGCGAUGGUGUGACGGAUGAUACGGCAGCCCUGCAGGCUGUGUUCGACAGCGCCACGUCGGAUCAGAUUGUCUACUUCGACCACGGCGCUUACCUGGUCACCGACACUAUCAAGGUACCCAAAAAUGUCCGCGUCACCGGCGAGGUCGGCCAGCCGGGUGAGUCUGGUUCUGCCGAGUUUUCUGACCUCCUCUUUGCUACCGCGGGUCCUCAGCCGGGUGCGGUAAUGAUCGAGUGGAACCUUGCCGGGUCGUCUGCCGGUGCUGCCGGCCUGUGGGACGUGCAUGUCCGUAUUGGCGGUGCUGCCGGUACGGACCUGCAACUGUCUGAGUGCGCUAAGAACCCCAAUGUCACGGCUGCCGCCAAUACGAAGUGCCUGGGCGCUGGUCUCUUGCUGCACAUCACUGCCUCUGCCUCGUCUGUGUAUGUGGAAAAUGCCUGGUUCUGGGUGGCAGACCAUGACCUGGAGCCGGCAGCGGACAACGCACAGAUCAACGUGUUCAACGGCCGUGGUGUGCUCAUCGAGUCUGCUGGCCCGGUGUGGAUGAUUGGCACAGCAGCCGAACACAGCGUGCUGUACAACUACCAGCUCAGCAAUGCCAGCAAUAUCUACAUGGGCCUGAUCCAGACUGAGACGCCGUACUUCCAGGGCAACCCAGACUCGCGCACUCCUUUUGCUGUGCAGACCGCGCUGUCCGAUCCUGACUUCUCCUCUUGUACGACGGCCACGUGUGCACGUUCGUGGGGCCUUCGCGUUGCCAACUCCUCAGAUGUCUUCAUCUAUGGGGCCGGUCUGUAUUCAUUCUUUGACAAUUACGACCAGACUUGCCUGGAGACCGAGAGUUGCCAGGAGAAUAUGGUUAGCCUGGAGUCGUCGUCGAAGGUCCACAUCUUUGGGCUCAACACCAAGGCCUCUAUCAACAUGGUUUUGCUGGAUGGCGAGUCUGUCGCGCUUGAUUCCGGCAACCGCAAUAACUUCUGCGCGACGCUGGCCAUGGUGUCGACAGAAUCGUAA